GCGGGGCGGGCCCGGGGCAGCAGCGGCUGCGGCCCUGCGGGAUGGCGCCGGCGGGGCGCGUCCCGGGCCCGGAGCCAUGACGGUGCCCCGGGAGAUGCCCGAGAAGUGGCCGCGGGUCCGGGGACCGGGGGGAGCCGAGGAGGAGCGCCGGGUGCGCGCCAACGCACGGGAGUACAACGAGAAGUUCCAGUAUGCGAACAACUGCAUCAAGACCUCCAAAUACAACAUCGUCACCUUCCUGCCUGUCAACCUCUUCGAGCAGUUCCAGGAAGUGGCCAACACCUAUUUCCUUUUCCUCCUCAUUCUGCAGCUGAUCCCGCAGAUCUCCUCACUCUCAUGGUUCACCACCAUCGUGCCUUUGGUUCUCGUCUUGACCAUCACGGCCGUCAAAGAUGCCACCGACGACUACUUCCGCCAUAAGAGCGACAACCAGGUGAACAACCGGCAGUCUCAGGUGCUGAUCGGCGGAGUCCUUCGUCAGGAGCAGUGGAUGAACGUCCGCGUUGGGGACAUCAUCAAGCUGGAGAACAACCAGUUUGUGGCGGCUGACCUCCUCCUCCUCUGCAGCAGCGAGCCCCAUGGGCUGUGCUAUGUAGAGACCGCCGAGCUGGAUGGAGAAACCAACAUGAAGGUGCGACAGGCCACCCCCGUCACCUCAGAGCUGGCAGAUAUCAGCACACUGGCACGAUUCGAUGGCGAGGUGAUCUGCGAGCCCCCCAACAACAAGCUGGACAAGUUUGGCGGGACGCUGUACUGGAAGGAGAACAAAUACCCCCUGAGCAACCAGAACAUGCUGCUGCGGGGCUGCGUGCUGCGCAACACCGAGUGGUGCUUCGGCCUCGUCGUCUUCGCAGGGCCGGACACGAAGCUGAUGCAGAACAGCGGGCGGACCAAAUUCAAACGGACGAGCAUCGACCGGCUGAUGAACACCCUGGUGCUCUGGAUCUUUGGGUUCCUGGUGUGCAUGGGGGUGAUCCUGGCCAUCGGCAACGCCAUCUGGGAGCACGAGGUGGGCGUCUGCUUCCAGAUCUACCUGCCCUGGGACGAGGGGGUGCACAGCGCCGUCUUCUCCGGCUUCCUCUCCUUCUGGUCCUACAUCAUCAUCCUCAACACCGUGGUGCCCAUCUCGCUCUACGUGAGCGUGGAGGUGAUCCGCCUCGGGCACAGCUACUUCAUCAACUGGGACAAGAAGAUGUACUGUGCCAAGCGCCGGACGCCGGCUGAGGCACGGACCACCACCCUGAACGAGGAGCUGGGGCAGGUGGAGUACAUCUUCUCCGACAAGACCGGCACCCUCACCCAGAACAUCAUGGUCUUCAGCAAGUGCUCCGUGAACGGGCACAGCUACGGCGACGCGCAGGACGUGCUGGGUCCUAAAGUGGAGCUGGGAGAGAGGCCGGAGCCCGUCGACUUCUCCUUCAACCCGCUGGCGGAUCCGGGAUUCCAGUUCUGGGACCCCAGCCUGCUGGAGGCCGUCCAGCUGGGGGAUCCCCACGUGCACGAAUUCUUCCGCCUGCUCUCGCUCUGCCACACCGUCAUGUCCGAGGAGAAGAGCGAAGGGGAGCUGUACUACAAGGCGCAGUCCCCAGACGAGGGGGCAUUGGUCACAGCUGCCAGGAACUUUGGCUUCGUGUUCCGGUCCCGCACGCCCAAAACCAUCACGGUGCACGAGCUGGGCCGAGCCGUCACCUACCAGCUGCUGGCCAUCCUGGACUUCAACAACAUCCGCAAGCGCAUGUCUGUCAUCGUGCGCAGCCCUGAGGGCAAAAUCCGGCUGUACUGCAAAGGCGCCGACACCAUCCUGCUGGAGCGCCUGCACCCCUCCAACCAGGACCUGAGCAACGUCACCACGGACCACCUGAACGAAUACGCCGGCGAGGGGCUGCGCACGCUGGUGUUGGCCUGCAAGGACCUGGAGGAGAGCUACUAUGAGGACUGGGCUGAACGGCUGCGCCGUGCCAGCGGAGCUCCUGAGGCCCGCGAGGAUCGCCUGGCCCGGCUCUACGACGAGGUGGAGCAUAACAUGACGCUGCUUGGAGCCACGGCCAUCGAGGACAAACUGCAGCAGGGCGUCCCUGAAACCAUCGCCAUCCUGACGCUGGCCAACAUCAAGAUCUGGGUGCUGACAGGGGACAAGCAGGAAACAGCGGUGAACAUCGGCUACUCCUGCAAGAUGCUGACAGAUGACAUGAGCGAGGUGUUCGUGGUCACGGGCCACACCGUGCUGGAGGUGCGCGAGGAGCUCAGGAAAGCCCGGGAGAAGAUGAUGGAUGGAUCGCGCUCCAUGGGCAACGGCUUCUCCUACCAGGAGAAACUCUCCUCUUCAAAGCUCACCUCCGUGCUGGAAGCCAUCGCGGGCGAAUACGCUCUGGUCAUCAACGGGCACAGCCUGGCCCACGCGCUGGAGGCAGACAUGGAGGUGGAGUUCCUGGAGACGGCGUGCGCCUGCAAGGCCGUGAUCUGCUGCCGUGUGACGCCGCUGCAGAAGGCACAGGUGGUGGAGCUGGUCAAGAAGUACAAGAAGGCGGUGACUUUGGCCAUCGGGGACGGGGCCAACGACGUCAGCAUGAUCAAGACCGCGCACAUCGGGGUGGGCAUCAGCGGGCAGGAGGGCAUCCAGGCAGUGCUGGCCUCCGACUACUCCUUCUCACAGUUCAAGUUCCUGCAGCGCCUGCUCCUGGUGCACGGGCGCUGGUCCUACCUACGCAUGUGCAAAUUCCUCUGCUACUUCUUCUACAAGAACUUCGCCUUCACCAUGGUCCACUUCUGGUUCGGCUUUUUCUGUGGCUUCUCAGCUCAGACGGUUUACGAUCAGUACUUCAUCACGCUGUACAACAUCGUCUACACCUCGCUGCCUGUGCUGGCCAUGGGGGUCUUUGAUCAGGACGUGCCGGAGCAGCGGAGCAUGGAAUACCCCAAGCUGUACGAGCCCGGCCAGCUCAACCUGCUCUUCAACAAGCGUGAGUUCUUCAUCUGCAUCGCCCAGGGCAUCUACACCUCCGUGCUCAUGUUCUUCAUCCCCUACGGCGUCUUCGCCGACGCCACGCGUGACGACGGGGCGCAGCUGGCCGACUAUCAGUCCUUCGCCGUCACCGUCGCCACCUCCCUCGUCAUCGUCGUCAGCGUGCAGAUCGGCUUGGAUACGGGUUUCUGGACGGCCAUCAACCACUUCUUCAUCUGGGGCAGCCUGGCCGCCUACUUCGCCAUUCUCUUCGCCAUGCACAGCGACGGCCUCUUCCAGAUGUUCCCCAAUCAGUUCCGCUUCGUGGGCAACGCACAGAACACGUUGGCGCAGCCCACGGUCUGGCUGACCAUCGCUCUCACCACCGUGGUGUGCAUCAUGCCUGUCGUGGCCUUCCGCUUCCUCAAGCUGGACCUGAAGCCUGAACUCUCAGACACGGUACGGCCGUGGGGCGGGGGGGGGGGCUGCGCUGUGCCCCUCACCCCAUUUCCUACCCCGUUUCCUCACCCCGUUUCCUCACCCCAUUUCCUCCCCCCAUUCCCUCACCCCAUUCCCUCCCUCUUUUUCCUCCCCCCAUUCCCUCACCCC